GGAUAAAAAAUUACAAAUCAUCAUAUUUUGAUAAUACUCAAAACAUAUUAUAUAUAUGUAUAGAGAGAGAGAGAAACAAUUUGAAAGAAAAAUAAUUAUUUUUAUUGAAAAAUAUAACAAUUGAAAAAAUGUUUGUAAAUCGAUUAGCGCAAGGUUCUCGUUAUUUUGAAAUUUCGUCAAUUCUCUAUUUUUUAUUUAUUCUCAUUCUAAUAAAUAAAUGUAAUUCUCAAGAAGAUUGCCAUUAUUUGCAAAAAUUGGAGGAAGAAGCAAUUACAGAGUAUUUCAGAAAUCCUAAUUAUCCAGGAACAAUUUCUGGAAGUGUGUAUUGCAUAUGGGAAGUCUAUACCUGGAUUGAUAGGAGGGUUUCUUUAAAUUGUCAAGAGUUUACUGUACCUUCUUCGCUUCUUUGUGCCACUCAAUCUUUUAAUGUGUACACAAAUCCCAAAAGUGUGGGAAAUCUUGUACCUCAAGUAUUUUGUGGAAGUGGAUCAUUUUCUCUAAUAUCAACAAAUAAUACAUUAAGAGUGAUUUAUAGAAGUACGCUUUUAGGUGGACCAGCAAGAUUUAAUUGUGCACUAAAUAUUGUUUAAUCAUAAAAAAGUAACAGUAAGAGAGGGAUGAAGGAAAAAAAAAAAAUUUUAACCCUCAAUUGGCACAAUGGGUCCAUUAGACCCGAGCAUUUUUUUCGAACUCUAAUUGAUUAUAAUAUGUAUUGAAUAAUUUUUUUUUUUUUUUUAAUAUAUUUUAAUAUAUUAGUUUCGACAUAUUCUUAUAUUAGUAAUUUUGUAAGUUUUUUCAUAAAACUAUAAUUUUAUAUACAAAAGAAUAAAUAUAUACACUUCAAAUACAUUAAUAAUUAUAAA